AUGCUGUCUAAUAACCAGACAUAUGAAAUGCUUGACCGUAAAGACCCUCCAGUGACGGCGCGAAGCAUCGAGGACGAGAACGAGGGGAGUCAAGACCUGUACAGCAACACACUCGCGUACCAGCCUUACGACUGGCCCACAGAACCGGGACGACUCCAAGAAGAUCAUCAAUAUGAGUUCAUGAUGAACGCUUACGACGCUUUCCUCUGUUUCAUCCCGCUGUUUCUCAUUGCCAAAACCACGUUGUGCAUCGUGGCAUGGUCGUGGGAUAGGGAGAAUACUGGUUACUACUUUGAUCAAAUAUCGCUAUUGACCACUUUCCUGAUUGAAUUCAACGAGCAGGUUGUUACAGCUUUCACCAUCGUUUUCGUCACUAUCAUGACGACUAUGACUCGAAGACUGGCUUUGUAUCAUGCCCAAGAAGGGGCCUACAUCACAGACAUUGAACAGCUUCAAGCCUCCAUCAGUCUGCCAAGCACGAUCAAAAUGGUCUUCUCGUUGAGAAAGUUUACCAAAUUCAGCGCCGCAUUGGUCGCUGUCUGGAGUUUCUACUAUCUUGGCAGCCAGGCAAGCAAGCGAGAAUAUGCAUAUGCCCCCUCAGCGCCAUACCACGAUCUAGCUGCGAUCUAUCCCACUGACGACCUUGGUUCACAGUUCGACCUUGUCAACGAUGUCAACAGCACGCUUUCCGACGCUUUACCGUUCCUAAAUAAUGCCAUGACAGAUGCCUACGAGUCGAGUCGGCGUAAUGCUAAGCUAGGGAAAUCUGACGGUCUCGACGGCACCGGUCAAACACUCAUACCAGACCUAGAUAAAUCGACCUGGAUGAAAUCAACAGCUUUUGAUUGGGUGAAAGUGAAACCUUCCGAUUUCUAUUAUGUUUCUCGAGCUGGAAGACCACUCCCUGUCAAUUAUACUGGUCGGCCUUACAGAACUGACGAAGGUAAGACUGUGGUGGACACUUAUUGGUCCGAUACUCGCAUCGUGGGCGACUACACCUUUAAAGCAAAUCAUAUGAAACUCGCUUGCAGCAGCAUCGAUGUGUUUCCUAUAGAAAGAUUCCCCAUAGGGACUGUGCCUAACAUGAUGCUUGCCCUGAACGUCUCGGCUUUGGCAGAUGACUCCUCCACACUCAUUGCUCAACCGAUCAUGCUUGAGUUCUGGGCACGUUGGAAUUCUACAUACGGUUUCGGCAUCCCUGAGUACGGCUACUCUGCACCCCUCUUCAACAACCAGCCAGCAGGUUCUGUGAGAGUCUUAUGCAAUGUGACGAGGCCGCGAGUAGAGAUGAGGAUUAGUUGCCAGGACACAGGAUGUUUAGUCAAGCAGGCUCGAUACCUGCAUGUCAACUUGACUGACCUCUACAACACUCCUAUCAGCAAGCCAGCCUUUGCUUCGUCCUUCUUGAGCAAUCUCAUCUGGUCAUUUGGUGUGCCUGAUGAGAGAUAUUAUGGCAUGAACAGCGAACAGUAUUGGUCUGGUCAGGGGUCUUUGAUUGAAUACGCCAAUGUCACUGAAACGGACCUUAAGGAGUACAACCUAACGAUGGAGGAGUAUAGGGAAGAUACUCUGUUCAGGGUAUCGCAUGCGCUGACCGAGGCUGUUAACACUUACUGGAACGUUGCACUCAAUGCGUUCAUACCUUUUGAGACUCUGUCUGGGUCAUACCCCGGUUGGGAAUCGAUCACUGUCCACGGUGCCAUAUAUGAUCAGCGCUACGAGAUCUACUGGCCAUGGAUUACAGUCGACUAUUUUUCAUGCCUUCUUCUCCUCGUUGCUGCAGCAUACUCUUUCUGGCUACGCAAAAAGACUCUGGCACCAGAUAUCUUUGGCUACGUGAGCUCCCUGACUAGAGACAAUCCUCAUGUCCCUGUCCCACCAGGUGGAAGCACAAUGUCGGGUAUCGAAAGAGCAAGGCAUCUCCAGGACUACAAACUCAAGAUUGUGGACGUCAAGGGAGGAGAAGUUGGUAAAGUUGGUGUUGCCGUCGCACAUCAAUCCACUACCUUCGAUCCGUUGUCGAAGCAGAGAAAGUACAUGUGA